AUGUGCGCGUUUAUAGUAACUGGUUCACAGUGCUCUCGAGCGCAAGCAAAUGUCUGGACGAAGGAGACGGUAGCGUGCAGGCGGGGACCAAAACCGCGCAGCAGCACAGCAAAGGGUCGUCCCCUGCGCAUGGGUGUGGAAAGGGUACCCCCGCCCAAACCGGGGCAAGUUGUGGUUGCACCUUCCAUUCUGUCGGCGAACUUUGCCCGACUCGGUGAAGAGGUAAGCGCUGUAGACCGCUUCGGUGCAGACUGGAUACAUGUUGACGUUAUGGACGGGCACUUUGUACCGCCAAUAACCAUCGGCGCAGGCGUCGUGGAGGCGCUGCGUCCGGUUACACAGCGGCCGCUUGACGUUCACUUGAUGGUCGUGAAUCCAGACCAACACAUCCCCGCCUUUGCCAAAGCAGGCGCUGACAUCAUCAGCGUGCAUUGCGAGGGCGAGUCGACGAUCCACCUGCAUCGAACGCUGCAGAUGAUUCGAAGCCUCGGGUGUCGUGCCGGUGUCGUUCUGAACCCGGCCACGCCACCAAUGGCAAUUGAGUACGUCCUACCUAUCGUGGACCUGGUGCUGGUGAUGAGCGUAAAUCCGGGGUACGGCGGGCAAGCAUUUAUUGACGAGGUGUUGCCGAAAAUCACCGAGAUACGGAAGAUGGCUGAUCGCCUCGGCAAGCAUGAUCUCUGGCUCGAGGUCGACGGCGGCGUGAAGGGCUCCAACGCCUGGCGUGUUGUCGAGGCGGGUGCGAACGCCCUGGUAGCCGGUUCAGCAGUGUUUGGUGCCAAGGACUACAAAGCCGCUAUCGAUGAAAUCCGGGCCGCGCGAAGACCUGUUGCUGUCUAA